CGCCUAAGGUUAUGCUUCAGUCAAUUGAUCAAUAUUUUUUUUUGUACUUUUGCAAAGGAGCUGAUGUUGGAGAGGAAUCUGGAAAUGUGAGCUCUGAUGGUUUUUUUGUGCAGAGGAAACACAGAGGACCUAUACCAUUUUUUGAAGAGGAGUUUGAGUUUGAUGUUCAGCACAAAUCAAGCCCAUAUCAACUGAAAGCUAUAGGAAAGCAGAUUGAAAGAGAAGGUCAGGAGAGAGAGGGGAUCUCUACAUGGGCUGAGAUUACUUUCAACAAAAUGCUUGCACAGCUAAGAGAAAAUAGGGAAAAUGAAGAUAGAAUUCAAAAACUAAUUAAUUUUCUGAAUAUUGAGACUGCUCAUCAUCAGUCAGAUCAAGGAGAUCUCAAGAAAAGCACUGAAUUUGUGGACAUCAUUCAGAGGGUAGACUACCUGGACUGUUCAGGACUUCAUUGCAGUAAGGCAGAAAAGCAGAGCAAAAGUUUUAAGCCAUUUUCUCAAUCCAGUGUUGAUGAUUUUCUUGAAUGGAUGACAGACUGUGACGAAGUCUUCAGAAAGACACAAUCUCCAAAAUGUCGACCCAUUUUAUCUAUCUUAUUCUCUGCAUAUACAAAAGAAACAUUGUUAGACUUUAAACCAAGAGACCUUUCAUUCAUUAUUCAUCGAUGCCUAGAAUUCGCUAUUGAAAACCAAAACCACAUAUUGGUUCUAGAGCUUGUGAGGUUGUACAAAUUUGAUUUUGAUUUCCAUUUGGAUGAAGUGCUCAAAGAUAAGGAAAUAAAUUCUGUUGUUAUGGACACGUUCUUGACAACAGCAAAAUUUAUGAUUUUAAGAGAAUGCCCAAGACUUCGACAAAAUGCAAUUAGACUAUCGUUCUGUUGUGAAUGCAGCCAGAAAAAUAGGCUCGUGAUCAUGAUGUUAUAUAAAGGUAGCAUAGAAAUGAAAGACGGAAUUCCAGAAAAAGCCAUGGGGGUUAAACUUGUCUUCUAUAACUAUACACAACCAUCUGAUGAAGCAUCAAUCGUCUUCAACUCCUUUUCAGCUUCUUGUUCAUCAGGUGACUUGCCUGUUAUUACAGAAAACGACGCAAGAAAACUUUUCAAGAAGCAUUCCAAUCUCACUCUCAUAUCGGCAUCUCCAUAUAAAUCAUCAGGAUAUCCCAAAGGAAAGCACAUUAUUGUUGAAAAACGGUGCAUUAGUCUAUUAUGUUUGCAUAAAGGUUUCAUUCCUUUUGGAGAAAGAGAGUUUCCAAAACAAAUUAACGGUUUUGACGUAGAUGUACAGGAGGGAUACUGUUCUUUUGGAAGUGGUAGAUCUAUAGACUUUGGAGGACAUAUUCGUCGUGCCAAGGGAAUAAAUACUCCUGGACAUGGAAGUAUCGGGGGCUUUGUUGAUUUGUCAAAUGGUUCUGUUGGUUUGAUUACGUGUGCUCAUGUUGUAUUUUCAACAGAUGAAUUGUUUAAAACUAAUUCUGAAAUCGAGGAUUAUGUACUUUGCAGAGAUACAGAUUUGAAAGUAGAGUUUUUUGAUAAAAAUCAACAUAAUUUUCAGGUGUGUGGUAAUAUUGUAAAUAAAUGUUUUCCCACAUCAAUUGAUGACAUUUCAGUAGACGCUGCUUUGAUAGAACUUGACCAAUCUGUGAACGAAUUUGGAUUUCCCGUGGCACUAGCUGAUCAACUAUAUCUUGCAGGUUUUGAACCAAAUAAGCCACCAGUUUUUAAAGGGGAGGUUGUUAGUUUGCCAGAUCCUGAAACUGACAAAAUAAGAUGGUCAGAUGCUCUACAAAAAAGUAGAAUUCCAGGCAGAUUAAACAGCGUCAUAAAAUAUGGAAGUGAAACAAGAUUCACAAUUGGAAGUUUAUUCUUUGAUCAAGUGCAUAUCCGCUUUGUGAAUCAAACUUUAGAUUUGCCGGACCAAAACGGCUGUGCUACAAUGUACAAUCAAAUUGAAAUUCAAAGCCUUCCCCAUGGAACUUUUUUUAAGCCUGGUGAUUCUGGAGCAUUUGUGUUUUGUAUCAACCCUGAUAAGACACUAAGCUGUCUUGGGAUGGCAAUAGGUUCGACCACCAAGGGAUCCUGUCUAGUGACACCAAUGGUUAGAAUUCUAGAUUCUUUUGAACUCCCUCGUAGAUUAAAGCCGUGUUCUCCUUUUGUAUCUGGAGGCAAUGCUAGAGUGUCAGAAGAUCCUACAAGUUCACAGUUAGCCGAUCAAAGUCAUGAUCCAUCAGCAGUUAAUUUGGAAGCGAUACUGUUGAAUUUCCAAAAAAACAUACAAAAGUCAAUGGCAGAUAUGAAAAAUGCACUUCAAACAGAAAUAGGAAAUUUGAGAACGGAAGUUCGAGAAACGAAUGAAAAAAUCCAAACAGAAGUUGAGAAUUUGAAAACCAAAGUUGGAGAGUCGCCAAUGCAAGAUCGAGCAGAAGUUGGAAACUUAAAAGCACAAAUAAAAGAAACUAAAGAUAACCUUUAGUUAUAAGGGUUAUCUGCAAACUUAUCUGACAUCAAUAGGAAUAAAGAAGUUUAUAAUUAUUCAAAGAAUAGAUUGUUUUGCAUAAAGGUGUAAUUGUGCAUACAUAAGUAAGUAAUCUUGGCUAUUGUAAACAUCUCAUGACAUUAA